AUGAGAGAGAAGCCUCAGCUCUCUGCAGGAGAAUACCUCUCCUUGCUCUACGCCGUGACUCGAGCCGGUCAACGACUGAUGAGGUGGUUUGGGGAAAAACAGAAAACAGUGGGCACAUUGACCUUCACCACCCUCACGGGCUGGACGAGGGGCGAAGACUGCCCAAAGGACUACAAGCGACAUGUCAUCUACAGCUCUUGUCGUGAGAUGUUCGGGCGCUUGACAGUCAGGCAGAUGCAGGCCAUCCAGCCCACGACCAUCGAGGGAUACACAGCCUUUGCGAAGAAGCAGAACUUCGAACCGGAGAUUGUCGAGCUCGAUGACGGUGCGUGGGGGUGCUUCGCGGGACCGAAGACGGCCAAGAAGACGCUGGUGUGGUUCCACGGCGGGGGAUACACGUUCCCAGCGACCGACGUGCACUGGACGAUGCUCUCGAAUCUCAUCGAGCUGGCCAAGAAGAACGACGAGACUCUCCGGGUCAUGCUUCUAGAGUACGAACUCACUCCCAAGGGCUAUUACCCGUUGCAACUCAAGCAGGCGGUCGCAGCGAUCAAACACCUGCUGGACUCGGGGUUGACGCCCUCGCAAAUCCUCUUCGGCGGCGACUCAGCCGGCGGUAACCUCGCCGCAGCCCUCAUCGGCCAUCUGUCACACCCGCACGCCAGCGUAUCGCCCAUCCCCCUCUCCAGCAACCUGGGAGGUGCCCUCCUGGUGUCUCCAUGGGUCUCAUUCACGCAAGAGAGGGCGUCGUGGAGGGGGAACUACAAAAAGGAUGCGUUGGCCCCGACCACCGUGAAGAUCUGGUCCGACAGCUUUGUGGCCCAGUCUCCCGAGGAUAACUGGAACCAACCUGCCGAGGCGCCGGCGGACUGGUGGAAAGAUAUCAAAGUGGACAGUGUGGCGAUUCUCGGGGGUCAGAAUGAGGUUCUGAUCGACGACAUCCGGGAACUGGUUGAGAAGAUGAAGGUGCACAAUCCAACACUCGAAUAUCUGGAAGCCCCUGGCGAAGCCCAUGACGCGAUCAUCCUGGAUAGGUCGUUGGGGAUAAAGGACGAGUUAGCAUCGGAACAGUUCAUCAACAAGUGGAUUCUGGACAGGCUGAAAUAG